AAGAAGUAUUUGAACACAACCACACACGCAAAAUGACUAAUUGCAAUGCAGUAUAGGCUUGAUUUAAAUUGCCUUAUCUUUGUUUGCACGUGAUUUAGCAAUCCAUGCUCAGACCUAACUCAUGGAUUAAGGAGACCCCUGUUUACCAACAGGUCUGUUCACUGAAAUGGGACUGAAGGCGGUGGUGGGCACGUUCAAUAAAUCCUUUCAGUUAGGUGGCAAUGAUGAUCAAUACGCACAGCCCACUAUACAGCAGCAUUACACCCGCAAUGUGUAAUUACAGGGACAGUGAGUGCUGUAAUAAGCAUGUGUGCAGGGAUUACGUUGGGAAAAUAACAAGGCUCAGACGCACCCAGCUCUGUGUUUGCAUAUUGAUGAGCUCUGAGGUGAUUUUCCGUUACAGAGGACGUUUACAGCGAUGUUUAAGCGCCUGCACAUUACCAAGCUGAGAACACGAUCUGUGCCACGAGGAUCUGUCCGUGGUGCUGAUGAUGCUGCUGUUGUCGUGUGUGGCUGCAGCCGCGUCUCCUUCACACAAACGUGCCCACCAAAAUGUAUCUUCUUCAAUGUAUCGGCAUGCGUCAGUGACGUCAGCGCCGAGACUUUUGUGUGGCAGCGGCAGUCACAGGGUUUGGGACUGCUGCCCGACGCAAAAAAAAUGUGAAGACACAAGAGAAGCACGUGUAGUGGGUGGUCCUCGACAGACUCCUUUCACGUGGCUCUAGCGAGCUCAGUGCUCGAGCCGAGACGCCGAAUCUUCAGUCUGGUGCAGCAACAGCAAGAGACAACAUCAACCAUGGCAGCAGAGAUGGAGCCCUCUGAUGUGAUCCGCCUGAUCAUGCAGUAUCUGAAGGAGAACAACCUCUACAGAACUCUUACCACCCUGCAGGAGGAGACCACUGUCUCUCUGAACACAGUGGAUAGUAUUGACAGUUUUAUUGGGGACAUAAAGAGCGGUCACUGGGACACGGUCCUGCUGGCUAUUGAGUCCCUCAGACUACCUGACAAUAUACUCAUUGACCUCUAUGAGCAGGUUGUGAUGGAGCUGAUUGAAAUGCGUGAGGUGGGCGCAGCUCGCUCGCUCCUCAGACAAACUGACCCCAUGAUCAUGUUGAAGCAGACGCAACAGGAGAGGUACCAACACCUUGAGAACCUGCUCACAUGCUCCUACUUUGACCCUCGAGAGGCGUACCCUAAAGGCAGCAGCAAGGAGAAGCGGCGCAGAGCGAUAGCCGAGGCUCUGGUGGGGGAAGUCAGUGUGGUGCCUCCUUCUCGUCUUAUGGGGCUCCUGGAACAAGUUGGAACUAUGAGACUGCAGGACUCUCCGGACAGCUCCCCUGACUCCACCAUCGACUCCUACGGCAAAAAAGAGAAAGAGAGAUGCCCAACACAACUGUACAGACACAUCAAGUUUGGACGACGGUCACACGUGGAGUGUGCACGUUUCUCUCCUGAUGGCAGGUACCUGUUCACUGGAUCAGUGGAUGGGUUCAUUGAGGUCUGGAACCAUGCCACUGGAACAAUAAGCAAGGAUUUGAAGUAUCAGGCACAGGAUAGCUUCAUGAUGAUGGAUGAUGCUGUGUUGUGCAUGUGCUUCAGUCAGGAUGCAGAUCUUCUGGCAACUGGAGCUCAGAACGGCAAAAUAAAGGUGUGGAAGAUCCUGAGUGGCUUGUGCCUGCGCAGGUUUGAGCAUGCCCACAACAAAGGCGUGACAUGUCUGAGCUUCUCCAAGGAUAGCAACCAGAUCCUCAGCGCCUCCUUUAACCCGACCAUCAGGAUCCAUGAACUGAGGUCAGGCAAGACACUAAAGGAGUUAAACGGCCAUUCCUCGUUUGUAAAUGAUGCAGCUUUCACUCAAGAUGGAUGUCGCAUCCUCAGUGCGUCAUCUGAUGGCACCGUUAAGAUAUGGGAUGCAAAUUCCUGCGAAUGCAUCCACACUUUUAAACCCCUGAACUUAGAAGUCCCUGUCAACAACGUGAUUCCUCUCCCACAAAAUCCUGAGCAUUUUGUGGUCUGCAACCAUUCCAACACGGUGGUCAUCAUGAACAUGCACGGUCAGACUGUGAAGACCUUCACCUCAGACGAAAAAGAGGGAGCUAACUUUGUUUGCUGCACCCUGUCUCCUCGCGGGGAUUGGAUUUACUGUGUGGGAGAGGACUUAGUGCUGUACUGCUUCAGCAACAAGACAGGAAAGCUGCAUAAAAUGCUGACGGUUCACGAGAAAGAAGUAAUUGGCAUCGCCCACCACCCACAUGAGAAUCUGCUUGCCACAUUCAGCGAAGACAGCCUCCUGAGACUAUGGAAAGCCUGAAUUGUCACCUGCAUCGUGAUUUGGAGGACCUAGGGAGCACUACACAUGGUUAUUGUGCAACUCAGUCAUUUCUGUGUAACACACUAGCAAGAUCCAUGAAUGCUAAUAGAUGCAUUCAUCAGGAAAUCAUUAACAUGUGCAUUGGGAGCUGUCUCUCUAUAAGAGACAUUUUAUUUCAUAUGAUCUUCAUCAGCUGAUGGAUCUUUUUUUCCAGCUGACAUGAAAUUAAAGUUUAAACUUUUUAGUUUUCCUGGCACAGUAAGGGCUUUUUGCAAAUGUUGUCUCGAAGUCUAAAAUUUGACCUUGGUUAAAAGUAGCAUAGAAAACCAUGAAUUCCUUGGCAAUGGACAAACUCUAUCUGCUGGUGAAGAUCCUUAGACAUGACUGAAAGCAUUACAACAGCUAUCAAAUGAUUAUAGUUACAAAAUCUUCCAAACUCUGCUUUUAAUUUAAUUUAAUUUUUUUCUUGAGGACUUUUGAAAUCUUGGCAAAUAUGACAAUGAGAAGCAAUAGCCAAAUGCAGAAAAAAAAUUGCAAGGUGGAAAAGAUACCAAAUAUUGUUGAUUGCAAAUGAAAGUAAAGAAGGUACAUUUGGUACAGGUAAUAUUUGAUUACAUUAUUAAGGCCAUUAAUGUUCUUUACUUUCUUAUUUUCAAUUAAUCCAGCACAACCAACCAUACUUGACGACCACACUGACCAUUAAUGUACUACUAUUCAUGUUUUUUUUGUAUCACAUUCAUUGUAACUAAUUUGUACAUAAUAUUUUUGUACAUAAUCAUAUAUAUUUGUAAUGAUUCAUUUCCGAGGUCCUCGCUUUAUGAACGUCAGCAGUGCUGUCUUGGUCCUCCAUUUUGUACACACACUUCCUCAUAAAUCCAACUUCACCAGUGCAGUUUGAAUCCCCAUUUUCAUCUCUUGUGUCUGUAUUAGACAUGAAAAUGCAUGAUGGUGAACUGUCGUGAAAAUAUUAUUCUAAAGAAAUGCUUCUUGUUUGGGCAUAAACAAACAAUAUCAGGUAUUUCAUUUGCCAGCUAUGGUUUUUAAUAAUACUUUUGUAAUAAUCAGUGAGCAAUGACUCAGAUGUAAUGACUUGUGUUGUCUUCUGUGUUCCCUGCAUGCUACCUCAGUGCAGUCUAAACGUGGCUCUACAAUAAUUUGAGUAUUCUUUAAAAUAUAUAUGACUACUGACAAACCUCAGUUGAGCUUCCUUGUUGGUAUAAAACGUAUUUAAAGCUGUCAUAUUAUUGUUGGUUUGUUGCAUUGACUGUGAUCUGUGUCCCUGUGCAUCAGUUGGACGAAUAUGGUGGAGCUACUGCCUUGAUCAAUAUUUAUUUUUUGUGCUUAUUAUUUAUAAAUCUGUUUAUGUAUUUAUAUAUUUAUUCGGGGGGAAGGCAGAUAAGAAAUGAGGAAAUAUGUAUGAGGUGACAUGAGAUGUCCUUUCCUCUGAAGCGUCUCUGAGGCCAAAGUCAUUUGUGAUAAAGGUGCCAGCUGAUCACAGCUGGAGCAUCUGUUAGUUGGCUCUGACAGCUGUUUGUGUCUGCACAUGUGGACUGUUGAUAUUCUGAUAAUAAAAUAUGUAC